AUGGACAAGUUGGGUCAGGUGUACGACCUCCACGUCAUGGAGGUCCAGCAGCUCCGGGCUGAGAUCCGAGCUCUCCAGAGCAAGGCUCGAAGCAUCGAUGCGCAAGCCGCGGAGGGCGUGCCCCCGGGUGACCUGAGCGACUCACUGGGCGAGCAGCAGAUCGAGCACGCCGAGCGCCAGCGCCAGAGGUCGUGCUCCGACGAAGGGAUCGAGUUCACCCAGAACGCCUCCAUCUCCAAGCCCUGGAACGUGGGGAAGAAGCGGGGGCUCAGCAAGCGCCACGUGCUCCAACGGUCCACGUCGACUCUGAGGUGGGACGGCCAGUUGCGCUCCUGCCUCCGGCGCUGGAUCAAGAUGCCAUGGGUGGACUGCAUGAUGAGCAUGCUGAUCCUCUGUAACGCCUUGGUCUUUGCCGUGGAGGUGCGUUGA